GAGAUCAUGACUUCCGUCAAAGAGCAGGAAGCCAUCAGGAAGCUCAUGGUUUUCUUGCAGGAAUGGGAUAGUGCCCACAAAACUGCUCGAAGAUGCAUCCUGGACAACUUCAUUAAAAGCAGUGAUGGCAAGACAGAACCAGAGCUGGAGCUCGAGUUCUCCCAGGGAGCCAGCUUGUUUCUGGUUCGCCUAACAGCGUGGCUCAGGAUGACCUACACGUACAACACAUGCCUCAACAAGCUGCUCAAGUCCAUUGGCAUCUUCCUAUCUGCUGCAAGUGGACGCAGAUACCUUAUUGAAUUUCUGGAGAUUGGAGGUGUCUUGAUUCUCCUGGAAAUACUAGGGCUGAACCAUCUGAAAGAAGAGGACAAACGGGAGUCUGUAAAGCUGCUGCAGCUUGUCGCGGACACUGGCAGGAAGUAUAAGGAGCUCAUUUGUGAAAGCUAUGGGGUGCGAUCCCUUACCGAAUUCUUGGCCACUUCCAACUCAGCAGAAGCUCAAGAAGAUGUUCAGGUUCUGAUGGACUCCUUGGGCCGCGGCAAUCCCAAGUACCAGAACCAAGUCUACAAAGGCCUCAUUGCUGUGCUGCCGUGUGCCUCCCCCCGAGCCCAGCAGCUGGCUCUGCAGACGCUCAGGGUCAUGCAGGACGUGGUGGGAGAGGCACCCUCCAUCCUUGGGGAGCCCGUGCUGGGCGCGCUGUGCUCAGUGCACCCGGAGGUCCAGUACAAAG